AUGGGCUCUCCUUCCUCCGCCACUCUUGUCCUUCUCUUCACUUUCUGUCUCUCUCUUUCGACCCUCUCACUCGCCACUGACGACGGCGCUAUCAAAGGUGUUGAUCUUGAAAACCCAGUACUAGAUGUCAGCCCAGCACUGCUUUCUACUUCUGGUUCUAAGGAUGUUUUAUUGUGUGAACGGGUACGAGUUUCUGGUAUAUCCAGGCUAAAACUUGGGAGUUAUGCAAGUUCACUUCGAAUUACUUUGUCUCCAUCUCCUGAAAUCCCAGAGAAAUUGUAUAGCAAAAUUGAGGUCUGCUUUCACAGGAAUAAUUCUCUUGUACUAUGUCAGUGUGAAAAGGAUAAUUGGAAAAAUCUUCAGAAAGAGUUAUGGAGCACUGUCAUGUCCCCUUAUGAUGAAAAAUAUAUUGAUGUCAAGUUCAAUGAUGAAAUACCUGGUUCGGUCACCAUUACUGUUAAAGAAGAUUCUCAGAAAUGGCGCCUUGUGUGCCUAGCACUGGGAUUAUUUUUGCUAUUGCUGGCACCAAUUGUCAGCAGUUGGGUUCCUUUUUAUUAUAGCAGUUCAAUGGCUAUAGGAGUUUUUCUGAUCAUUAUAAUCCUUCUUUUCCAGGGAAUGAAGUUGUUGCCAACUGGAAGAAAAAAUGUCUUCUAUCUUACUAUCUAUGGAUCACUGCUUGGAGCAGGAUCUUUUCUUUUUCAUCAAUUUUCUAUGCUGGUAAAUUCAAUUCUUCUAAAUUUUGGGCUAAGUGAAGAGAUGCACAACCCAGUCUCAGUAUUUUUACUAGUGGGAAUUAUCCUUAUGGGAGCUGCAUUAGGGUACUGGAUUGUGAGGAGGUUUGUCGUCUCAAAAGAUGGAACAGUAGAUGUUGGUAUAGCCCAAUUUGUUAAGUGGGCGAUGCGCAUAAUUGGAACCACCUCCAUCUUGCAGAGCACUCUCGAUACUCCUUUAGCAGUGGGGGCUUUGGUUUCUUGCUGGAUUAUCUGCAAGCUCAUCACUUCUCUGAAACGGCAUCAGUUGGGUGCUGGGAGCUGGAGUCCUUGGCUGCAGCAGGGUAGACAGGUCAAGGGCAGACACGGUCGUCCAGAAUUUCUUAGCAGGUCUAGCCCACAAAAGAAGAACUGGAAGAGUCCAACAACUCUAUCUGCUUGGUCUGACUCUCCUGUCAAAGGUGUCACGUCACCAUCCUUUAGGGCACGUGAUCAACAGGAGUACUAUUCAACCUUCCACAAGAUGCAAAGCCGAAAGAAGUUCACAAAGAAAGAGUGGGAUGAUUUCACACAGGAAUCAACCCGCCAAGCUAUAGCAGAAUGGGCAUCAUCUCCUGAAGUCACUGAUUGGAUCAUCGAGCAUGCUGACCGUAUACAACUCCUUCCAAGCGAGAGUUCAGACGAAACCGUGGGAAGUGCAUCAGAUUCUACCGAUGAGAAUGUUGUGGGUAGCACGGAUCGAGUAGGUUUUCUCAAGUGGUAG